UUAUCAUUCAUGUGUGAGCAAUAGCACAAGAAAAUUCGUAGUGACCCAAGUGAUAAGGAAAAUGCUAAUCUGUCUUUUCAUUUUGGCAACUUGCUUCCAAAUACACCAAUUCCAGCAGUUGGAGGACAAUUCUCAAUCACCACUCGUUCACAUUGGACUCGAUUAUGUGGCGGAUUCUGAAUUUAAAUACGACGACACAGAGAAGUGGAAGGAAAAAUACCCCAUUUGUGGUGGAAAAAGUCAAAGUCCAAUCAACAUUGAUCCUUCAAAGUGUGAAAGAGUAUCGAAGAAAGCCACAUUGAAGGUCACCAAUGAAGAUUAUCGUCCAGAAAGUGUGGAACUCAUAAAUGAUCACUACACAGUGAAAUAUCUUAUCUCAUGGCAGAAGAAUCACUUUCCCACAAUAUCAGGUGACAUCCUUCGCCACAAUCGCUACAUUCCCAGGGAUAUUCACUUCCAUUGGGGCCAUGAGGAUUCCCAAGGAUCUGAGCACUCCAUAAACACACGCAAAUACUCAAUGGAGAUGCACAUUGUGUCCUACAAUGCGAAAUACAAAAGUGUAGCUGAUGCAAAAUUUCACAGAGAUGGCAUUUUGGUAAUUGCUCAACUUUUCCACGUGAACAAUUCGGCGCCGAAUUACUUCUUUCUGGACUAUUUGCCACGCGUGAAGCAAAGUAGGAGGAAAAUUGUGAUCAAAGACAAACUCUGUGCUUUCAAUUUGGGUGAAUUUCUCAAUGUGGACGCUCUCAGUGCAUCAUUUGUGACCUACAAUGGCAGCUUCACAACUCCACCGUGUUAUGAGGAUGUCACAUGGGUUCUUCCUCUGAAGAUAAAUGCGAUACCGCAUAAUAAGAUGAGGUUUUUUCGAGAUAUUCAAGGAUUGGAGGGUCAUCUUGUCGACAACUAUCGCCCUAUUCAGCCCACAAAUGGUCGAAAGUGUUAUGCGUUAGGCUAGUGCUAAAUAAAGUGAUACUGAAUG